UCAUAACUAAUUAUUAAAAAAAUUAAACGAGAAGCAUCGAGUCGACUGUGAGAGAGAGAGAGAGCCGAUUCCCGUCGCGGCCCCAAAACCCACCGAAGAAGCAUUGUGUCGACUAAACCCGAGGAGCGAGGACCUUCAGAGUUCACUGUUACGGAAAACCAAAUCCGAGGCUCUGCUCUGCUCUCCAUCUAUCUCCGGUCUCCUCCGAGAAGCUCCAGAAUAUGAGUCGACUGUGAUGGUGUUGCUUCACUUCGCCGAAGAAUAAAUGUCAUAUAGUAUCAGAAAACCAUGUGAAUGAAUGGAGCUCUCUCUUAAUCUACUCUGAACACACUCGUUCAAGCUCAGCUUUCUCUGCCGCCUCUCUCUCGUCGACUCAGUUUACAGAAAUCGUAAUCGAGGCCCAUACCACCAAACGACAUUUAACUGGGCCGCUAUAUAAAUGGGCUUUAAGAUUGUGUUCGGCCCAAUGUGUGCGUAAAGUGAAAAAAAGAGGAUCGAAUUCUAUCCUUCCUCUGCGCGCCCGCGCUCUUUUUCUCUCUUUAUCUUUACCAUUCACUGUUUCUUCGCUCACAUUUUGGUCUCAAAUACCUCAAGGAUUUUGUUCUAAUGGAGCCUCUAGAGUUCGUGGUCGACAAAGUCAAAGGUUUUGGUCAAUGGACUCAAGACCUCAUCGAUGGCUUCAUUCAUCGCCCCCGUCGCCGCACUCCGAUUGAAAUAUUGAAAAGGCUGCAACGAGAAGCAUUUUCGGAUUUGAUGAAGAUUAGGGAGAGACAAGAUAAGGUAGAGAGAAUUCUGUCCUUGUAUAAGACUGCUAAGGGGAGUCCAUUUCAAGAAGUGGGUACUGUUCUAAGAGGAGAAGUUGAUCUCAUGGGGGGUUUGUUGAUGAUGAAUAAUGUUGAACAUGAUGAUAACUACAAUGUACUUAGUAAAGCUGGUCUCAGAACAGGACUUGAUUUGAGGUUCACUUUUGAAACCACUAUACAGGAUAAUGAUUCCCUUGUUGUCGAGAUUGUAAGCUCUCAAAAUCGCAACAACAACAACAACAACAAUAACAAUAAUAGAAUUAGUAUUAGUAAUAGUAAUCCUGGUCAGGGACUAGGGAGCUCACUUUCUUUAUCGAAGUUGUGUUAUACAGCUAAUGCUAGUGACUGGCUAUCUGCAUUUUUUAUCCCUUUGGGGGGGAAAUGCAGUGAUGUUGCAAUCAUCAAAAAUCCUUCUCAUCAGGGUAAGGGCCUAACUGAUGUUUCAUCUUCCGGACCAUCCUUCUUGAAUCAGCCAAGUGGUAGUGCAAUUGGUUUAAUGGUGAAGAAAUUUAAUGUCAUUGCUUCAUUGGCUCAGUUUGUUUCUGGGCAGGGAAGGCAUUCGGAUUCUCAUAGCUUUGACCAUUGUUGUAGCACAUUUGGGCAAGUGUUGUGUGAACUUCCAAGAGGAACAAAGUUUUCAGUCAUGGGACUUUUGCAAGCCCCUAAGUUAUCAUCUCAACUACCUGCCACUCAUGGACCGUUCACCCUUUCUAUUGGUGGUUCCAAACGCCAAGAAACUCCUGAGGGAAUGGUUGAGGAAUUAGUUUCCAACAUGGGAAAUAGCUCACAUGGAAAUGAAUCUACUGGGUCCCUUGCUUUGAUGUUGGAGUCAGAGAUUGACGAGUUCACUAAGAUUGGUGGCUGGAUUGAGCUUAAAAACUCGGACCCCAAAUAUCUAAAAUGGGCGGCGAGUUUGUCUGAUGAUUCUGAAGAUUCAUUUGGAUGGGGAAUGAAGUUCGGUGGGAUGGUUGAAGGUCCCUCAAAUUUUGACCAUUUUCAUGUUGAAACUUACAUGAAGUUAAACUUUGGAAAGAAAUGCAGUAUAAAGCCCGGGAUUGCUUUUAUAAAUGAUGGGAAUGCUAGAGUAACCGCACUUAUGCUUCGGUCUAACUGGUCACUUUGAUUACCAUUUUCAGCUCAUAUUGGGAAUGUUUUUUGUUGUGCUAUAGGUCCAUUGUUCAAAAGAUCUAAUGCAUUAUUCCCCAGCCUGCAGGUAUAUAUAUAUAUGUUAUAUUUAUGUGGCUUAAAAAUUUCCACUUUCUAUUAGAUUGCACAGCAUAUUUAUAACUGGUGCAAAGUAAAUUUUUCCUUUUGUUCUAAUUUACUUGUAAAAGAUAUAGAACAGUAUACAGCGUCACAAGAAUACCAAGAUUAUGCCCUAAACAACAGAGGAUUCAUCCCAAAAUUCAAAGACUCAAGCCGCAACUUCAUUAGUUUUCUUUCUUGUAUAGGGAGCGUUAUGGACUCGUCCCAAAAUAUGAAGACUGAAGCAGCAAUUGUUUUUAGAAUUUUCGUAGGGAUUUUUAAUUAGUUAUUUAUUUUUUGGUUGAAUGUUCUUUCAUUUUAAGUGAUAAUAAAUAAGUAAAAUUUUCCCCAACCAA